CGGGAAGUCCCUCCCCGCGGGCGGGGCUCGGCGCCGCCAUGGCUGCGCUCUUCGGCGGCGUGGAGGGAGGGGGGACCCACUCCAAGGUGGUGCUCGUCUCCGAGGAUGGCCGGAUCGUGGCCGAGACGGAGGGGCCGUGCACCAACCACUGGCUCGUCGGCUCGGAGAAAUGCCUGGAGAGCAUCAACCAGAUGGUCAACGAGGCCAAGGGCAAGGCCGGGGCGGACCCGCGCGUGCCCCUGCGCUCGCUGGGGCUGUCCCUGAGCGGCGGCGACCAGCGGGACGCCCUCGGCAAACUCCUCGAGGAGCUGCGGCGGCGCUUCCCCCACCUGAGCGAGAGCUACUGCAUCACCAGCGACGCCAUCGGGGCCAUGGCCACCGCCACCGACCACGGCGGCAUCGUGCUGAUCUCGGGCACCGGCUCCAACUGCAAACUCAUCAACCCCGACGGCUCGGAGGUCGGCUGCGGCGGCUGGGGGCACUUGAUAGGCGACGAAGGCUCGGCCUACUGGAUCGCCCACCAGGCCGUGAAGAUGGUCUUCGACUGCAUGGACAACCUGGAGGUGCCGCCCCAUGACGUGGGCUACGUCAAGCAGGCCAUGUUCGACUACUUCCAGAUCUCCGACCGCAUGGGCCUCCUGACCCACCUCUACCGCACCUUCGAGAAGGCCAAGUUCGCGGGGUUUUGCCGGAAGCUGGCGGAGGGGGCCCGGGCCGGCGACCCGCUGUGCCGCUACGUCUUCGGCAAGGCCGGGGAGAUCCUGGCGCGCCACGUCGUCGCCGUGCUGCCCAGGAUCGACGAGAGCCUCUUCCUGGGCGAGCUGGGGCUGCCGAUCGUCUGCGUGGGCUCCGUCUGGAACAGCUGGGAGAUGAUGAAGGAGGGCUUCGUCCAGGUGCUGCAGCAGGCCAGGAAGGAACGUCCCGACAACGUCUUCUCCAGGUUCAGCCUCUUGAAGCUGAAGCACUCCUCAGCUCUGGGGGGAGCCAGCUUAGGUGCUAAAAGCAUUGGCCAGGCUCUGCCCUUGGACUACAGGAGCAACGUGGACAUCUUCUACACCCACUCCUUCUAGCCCGGCCCGCGCUGCCCGGGCUCGGGGCGGCCGCAGCGUCUUCCGCUCCUGUUGACGGUGCGCGGUGCUCCCUGCGUGCUCUCCUCGGGCCGGGUCGGGUGUUUGUACAAACGAGGGUCAUAAUUCGCCAAUAAAAGGUUGUGCUGGUGGAAGGGAA